GCUCCAAUCUGCUGGCCAUGUGGACUGGUUGAUUGGCGACCAUUCUUCAGGUCGUCGGCCUUCAUUAGCCCUGGGUUAAUUACCUGCGGUUUCUCUCCAGUCCCCCCGGAAGUCAAACACUACCUCAUACCUCCCCUCCUUCCAGCAUCCCUCUCAAGCCAGGAUGUCACCCCAUCCACAACAAUUGGUACACAGUGCCUCCCUACGAGACCCCGAGGGUUUCUGGUUUCGCCAGGCUGAACAACUGCACUGGCAUAAAAGACCAUCGCGUGCCAUCAGCCACCAGUCUAAGACGGUGCCUAGCGGCGCCCGCCAUGAUCAUUGGACGUGGUUCCCAGAUGGAGAGAUCUCUACAACCUACAAUUGUGUGGAUCGGCACGUCCAUAACGGGAAUGGCGAUAAUGUUGCCAUCAUCUGGGACUCCCCCGUGACGGGGACUAAGGAGAAAUACACCUAUAGACAAUUGUUGGACGAGGUUGAGGUUUUAGCCGGGGUGCUGAGGGAAGAAGGCGUACGAAAGGGCGACGUUGUCAUCAUCUACAUGCCCAUGAUUCCUGCGGCGCUCAUUGCCGCUUUGGCGAUUACUCGCUUAGGAGCUAUACAUGCGGCUGUUUUUGGCGGAUUCGCAGCUAAGUCACUUGCGCAGCGCAUCGAAGCGGCCAAGCCACGCGUCGUCAUGACGGCGUCGUGUGGUAUCGAAGGAUCGAAAGGCCCCAUCGCUUACCGGCCGUUGGUUGAGGGAGCUAUUGAACUGAGCUGCUUCAAGCCGGAGAAAGUAAUCAUCUGGCAGAGGGAUCAGUUGCGGUGGAAGAACCCUGACAAGUUGAGCGGACAGCGCAACUGGCAACGGUUGGUGAAGAGCGCGCGGAUGCGUGGCAUCAGGGCUGAUCCGGUGCCUGUGAAAAGCACGGAUGGGUUAUAUAUUAUCUAUACUAGCGGCACUACGGGGUCGCCCAAAGGAGUGUUUCGGGAGGCAGGCGGGCAUGCGGUCGGGCUCCAGCUGUCGAUUAAAUACCUGUUCGACAUCCAAGGGCCAGGGGAUGUCAUCUUCUGUGCCUCCGACAUUGGAUGGGUGGUCGGCCAUUCAUACAUUUUGUAUGGGCCUCUGUUGGUUGGGGCAACGACUGUCCUCUUCGAAGGCAAACCAGUGGGGACGCCAGAUGCAGGCACCUUCUGGCGCGUCAUCGAAGAGCAUAAGGCCCAUGUGCUGUUCACGGCACCCACGGCCAUGCGGGCCAUCCGCAAGGAUGAUCCGGAUAAUCGCUGCUUUGAAGAGGUGGCUCGUCGUGGCGGUCUCCGACACUUUCGCGCAUUGUUUCUGGCCGGUGAGCGGAGCGAGCCCAGCAUUGUUCAAACCUAUCAGGCGCUUCUGGACCGAUAUGCUGCACCUGGUGCAGUCGUCGUGGACAAUUGGUGGUCGUCAGAGUCAGGAUCUCCCAUUUCUGGGCUGGCGCUGAGAAGCGCUGCUGCAAGGGUGUUGUCACCGCACAGCAGCGACAGAGUGAAGCCAUUGGCCAUACGACCAGGAUCGGCAGGUCUGGCCAUGCCUGGCUUCGAUGUGCGCGUUGUGGACGACGAGGGAAGGGAGGUGGCUCGAGGCACGAUGGGCAACAUUGUGUUAGGCAUUCCACUGGCGCCCACAGCAUUCACCCAACUCUUCAACGACGAUGAGCGAUUUUACCGGGGCUACCUACGUAGAUUCCGAGGACAAUGGAUCGACACGGGAGACGCCGGUUUGAUCGAUAAUGAUGGAUAUAUACAUAUCAUGGCACGGUCGGACGACAUCAUCAACGUUGCUGCACAUCGCUUCAGCACGGGCGCCAUUGAGCAAGCGAUCCUCUCACAUCCACAAAUUGGAGAGGCCAGCGUGGUUGGCAUACCGGACCCCCUCAAGGGCCAUCUCCCGUUUGCGUUCAUCCAGCCACGAAUAGCAACCGGACCCCUGUUCGCAACGCCAGAAGCGAAACUGUUCCAGGAGGUGAACCAGCUGGUGCGAGAUCAGAUUGGGGCGAUCGCGUCCCUCGGAGGUAUGAUCCAAGGGCGGGGAAUGAUCCCUAAGACGCGCAGUGGGAAGACGCUACGACGGGUGCUGCGCGAGCUGGUCGAGCAUGCGGUGCGUGGGGAAUACGAGACGCCCGUCAACGUUCCGCCCACUAUCGAAGACGCGGAGGUAGUGGACGAGGCGCGACGACGGGUGCGUGAGUACUUUGAGCGACGGGAGCGGGCGAAGCUCUAAGAUUGUCAUUUACUGCAUGCAGUUAUCAAGUGGGAUGUAUGAGAUGUCUAUCUACGCAAGUCGUUGGGAUGCACUGGUUUACGUAAGUAGUAGGUAGGUAGGAAUAAGAAUCUGGGAUUGCUCCCUAGACGUGACUCAAACAUUAAAGUUAUAAACAGGGAAAGAGAAGCCAUCAACCGGAAGCCAAGCAAAUGCAAAGCCGUAGACGAAUAUAGAUAACGAAACGUAAAGGAAACAAACAAACAUAGACGUCAG